AUGGUUCUCAAGCUCUACGGCUCUGCUAUGUCCACGUCUCGUGUCCUGGUUACGAUCCUGGAGAAAGAGCUACCAUACGAGCUUAUCUUCAUUGACAUUGCCAAAGGCGAGCAGCACAGCGAGGCGUACAAGAAGCUGCAGCCGUUUGGAAAGGUUCCUGCGUUGGACGAUGAUGGGUUUUUGAUGUUUGAAAGCAGGGCCAUUUGCAAGUACCUUGCAAGAAAGUACCCGUCUGGAACAAAGCUGAUCCCGGAAGGUGACGAAAAUGCCUACGCCCGUUUCGAACAAGCUUGCUCUGUAGAACAAAGCUAUUUCGGUGCUGCUGCUGAGACUAUAGGGACCGAGCUCGUGAUCAAACAAGCAAAAGGGCUUGGUCCCCCUGAUGAAGCAAGGGUAGCACAGGCCGAAAAGGACCUUGAUGCAGUUCUCGCGUAUUACGACAAGCUUUUGGCCAAACAGAAGUAUCUUGCUGGGGACGAACUGACUUUGGCUGACUUAUUUCACUUGCCUAAUGGAGCGGCUUUGAAGGCAGGAAAGUGGAGAGAGGUAUUCAAAAAAUACCCGAACGUAGACAAGUGGUUCAAGGGAUUGCAGGAGAGAGAAUCUUGGGUGAAAGCUGCUGCAGAGGCCCGAACAGUACCGUAA